AUUUAAACAAAUAGAUGCUGAUAUUUUCUAUUUUGAUAUAUUUAGUUAGUGGAAAAUUAGAGAUCUAUACAGAUGGAUAAUUUCAGAAUGUGAAUUAUUCAUUAGCAAAUUUUGGAUAUAUUCCAUAUGGACGUUCUUUGAGUGGAUAUAUAUUAAUGGUAAAGGAAUUGGAAGAGAGGUAAUUAGAUUUAUGUAAUAAAUCAAAUAUUGCAAAACAACAAGAAUUGGAGAAUUUGUGGAUAAUUGGACGAAUAGGAAAUUGUUCGGCAACAACAAAAGUAUAUUGUAUAAAUAAAGAUUAGGCAUAUGUAGCAUAGUAAUUGGGUGCAUAGUUGUUGAUAAUAAUAAGUACUAAAUAGAAUGUGAGUAAUGGAAUGGAAUUAAAGAAUGAUGGAAUGGGAUUUAGGGUGCAUAUUCCAACAAUUGAGAUAGGGAAGGAUGAUGGUGAAUAAAUAUUAAAGAAUUUGACAGAGAUAUAAGACAGUGUACUUUAUGGUGUAUUGUCAUUCAAAGAUUCAAAGAGAGUUGAGAAGGUAUAAAAGAUAAUAAAUAUUAAAAUUAAAGCCUGAUGUAGUAUUGUUUAUGACCUUAAAUGAUAAGGGAGGUUAUAAAUUCAUAAGGGAAUUUGAGUAAUACUAUAAAUUAUUGGAGAAGAAUGCAAGAUUUUAUAUAAGUUAUGAUAUAGAGAGAUGGGAUGAUAGGAUAUCGAAAUACAAUAUAGGGAAUAAAGAUUGUCUUGGGGGUGGAAGAUAUUGUAUAAAUUAAGGAGGAGAGGGAAGAUUGGUUUUAGAAGAGUAAUUGAGAUAACAUUGUAUAUGGAUUAAUAACCAAAGUUAAUGGUUUGAGUAUAUGGUAAGAGAGAGUAUUUGAAAUAUAGGAUUAUUUUGAUAAGAAUUGUUUUACGAUAAAAAGUUAUGGUGCAUGUUCAGGAGAGAGUUGGAUAAGGAAACAAAAAGUAAUAGAUGAAUGCGUAGAGAAUUCAUAUGUGAAAGAUUCAAAAAAAGAAAGAGAAUAGUUAGAAAAUGUAAUCAUGGAUUAUUGGGUAGGAAAUAAAUCAUUAAGUGGUAUUGUGUAUUAUCCAGGAGUAUUGGUAAAUGGGUAACCAUAUUAUGGUAAUUUAGAUUCUAUUAAUGUUUUUGAAAAUAUUUGUAGUAGUAUGAUUAAUUAUAUCAUAUUUAGAUAUGCUUAAUACAACAGUAUGUACAGCAUUAUAACAAUCACAAGAUGAUUCUCCAAGUACUGGAAGUGAUAUUAAUUGGGCAAUGAUUGCAUUUGCUGUUGUGAGUUGUAUCUUGUUUGGACUAUUCUUAUUUAUGUGUUAUAGAAGAAGGUUGAAAAUACAAAUGCAAUAAGAGUUAGGUUAAUAAGUUAAUGAAAUGGUCAGCUAAUACAUUAAGUUUUAUGAAACUAAAAAUGAAAAGUGA